GGCUGCAUGGCUGGGGCUGAGUGCUUAGCUGCAGUUGUAGGUCUUGCCCAAAAUACCAAGGAGUGGUGAACAUCUGAUACUCAGUGUGGCCUCUGAGUUAGGGAACACCUUCCAUCAAGGCAGGGCUGACCAGGAAAUCUCCCCAGCUAUGGGGACAGCAUCAUCUUUGGUGAGCCCGACCGGCACCAUUGCGGAAGUGAUUGAAGACACCUAUGAGGGAGGUGGUGGUGAAGCCUGUGAGAUCCCCGUGGAGGUAAAACCCAAAGCUCGUCUUCUGCGCAGCUCCUUCCGUCGUGUAGGUACCUCACGGCCCGGAGGCCUUAUAGGGGCCAGCUUCAAAUCUACCGCCUCAGUGCAAGAACUGGAAAGUAUGGCAGAAUACGAACGGCUGAAAAAAGAAUAUGAGAUCUUCCGCAUCAGCAAAAACAAUGAGGUGGCUUCUAUGAUGAAGAAGGAGGCCAAGCUGGACAAGGAGAACAAGCGAUUGCGAGCAGAGCUUCAGGCCCUUCAGAAAACAUACCAAAAGAUACUCAGAGAGAAAGAAAGUGCUUUGGAAGCCAAAUAUCAAGCCAUGGAGAGAGCUGCUACAUUUGAACAUGACCGGGACAAAGUGAAGAGACAAUUUAAGAUUUUUAGAGAAACCAAGGAAAAUGAAAUUCAGGAUUUACUGAGAGCAAAGCGUGAGCUGGAAGCAAAACUGCAGAGGCUUCAAGCUCAAGGCAUCCAGGUAUUUGAUCCUGAGGAAUCAGACUCAGAUGACAGCUGUACAGAGGUCACUGUUACCGGAGCUCAGACUGAGUACUGGACUGGAGGAGCCCUGGGAAGUGAGCCAUCAAUGGGCAGUAUGAUGCAUCUUCAACAGUCUUUUAGAGGCCCUGAGUUUGCACAUAGUUCCAUAGAUGUGGAAGGGCCGUUUGCAAAUGUCAACAGAGAUGACUGGGAUGCAGCUGUUGCUAGUUUGUUGCAGGUCACCCCAUUGUUUUCCCACUCCUUGUGGAGUAACACAGUGAGGGUGUAUCUUAUCAAUACAGAUGAGACUCAGUUAGAAGUGGACAUCUUCAUACAGAAAUACUCUCCAAACCUUAGGAAGUAUUGUGAGGCAAUGGAAUACUUCUUCCAAGUUGUCCACUUUGCAGUUGAACCUGAAUGUCCUUUCCAGGCUGUAAGGAAAUGGGAAAUUGAGAAAAGUUCUUUGGUCAUUUUGUUCUUACAUCUAAGUUUGCCAAGCUAUCUGCUGGACGAGUGUGAAGAAGCCUUUCUGAAAAACCCAGAAGGAAAGCCCCUGCUGAUUUACCACCGACUGGAAGAUGGCCAAGUCAGUGCAGAUUCUGUGCAGCAUUUAAUGGAACAAGUGCAUUAUGUGAACAAAGCAAAGAUCAUCAGUCAUAUAGGGGGACAAGAGGAGGGAGCAUACGAAGUCUAUAAUUAUGUGGAGAAAACCAUAAAACAGGAUAUUUUGGGUUGUGAAAUUGUACAAGGAGAAAAGAAAGAUUUGGCAGAAAACAACCAUUCCGCCCUUCCUGAAGAGGAACUCUUUGGCGAUGUGCUGUGGAACGCACAUGAUGAACAAGAGCAGAUGGAAGCCUUCCAGCAGGCAUCCAAUUCAACCUGCGAGCUCGGGUUUGAGAAGUAUUACGAACGUCUGAAUGACCUGGUGGCUGCCCCAGCUCCAAUUCCACCCCUUCUUGUAUCUGGAGGACCAGGCUCUGGAAAAUCACUUCUUCUAUCAAAAUGGAUUCAGCUGCAACAGAAGCAUUCGCCAAAUACACUCAUCCUAUAUCAUUUUGUUGGGAAACCUCUGUCUAGCAGUGCAGAGCCUGCCCUGAUCCUGAGGCGUCUCACUUUGAAGCUUAUGCAGCAUUCCUGGUCAGUUUCACCCUUGACACUGGAUCCAGCAAAACUAUUAGAAGAAUUUCCUCGUUGGCUUGAGAAGCUUUCUGCUCAUCACCAAGGCAGUAUUAUCAUAAUUAUUGACUCUAUUGAUAGAAUCCAGCAAGCUGAAAGGUACAUGAAGUGGCUGAUUGAUCCCCUGCCAGUGAACGUAAGAGUGGUUGUAUCUGUGAAUGUUGAAACUUGUCCACAGGCAUGGAGGUUGUGGCCAACACUUCAUCUUGAUCCAUUCAAUGCUAAGGAUGUGAAAUCGCUCAUAAAUGAAGAAUGCAACUGUGCAGGCCUGAAACUGACCAAAGAACAGGAGAAGAUGCUUGAGAAAAGCAGUAAUUCAACUACAACUUGCAGUGCCCUAUAUGUUACUCUUUGGGGCAGAAUGCUGGCUUGUGCCAGAAAUGCAGAAAAUAUUGAUGCAAUCCUUCAGAAUUGUUUACAGUGCCAGGAUACUGUGUCCCUGUACAAGCUUGUUCUAAGAUCCGUUGAAGAAUCCUUGAAAAGUGAAAAGGAGAAGGGCCUCAUGAAAGAGAUCCUCUCCCUCAUCAGUGUUAGCCACAAUGGAGUCAGUGAAUCAGAACUGAUGGAACUCUGUCCUGAACUCUCCUGGGAAGUGUUGGCCUCCCUGGUUUACAGUUUGCACAAAAUGUACUUUUUGACAUACAGCUGUGGCUUGUUGAAGUUUCAGCACCUCCAGGCAUGGGAAACAGUGCAGCUGGAGUAUAUGGAAGGAGACCAGAAUGCUCUUGCUACUUAUAGAGAAAAACUGAUAGAAUAUUUCACCAAGCAGCUAAGUGAAGAGAGAGUGACUUGGCGCAGUGCAGACGAACUUCCAUGGUUGUUCCAACAACAAGGUGACAAACAGGAGUUACACAAGUGUCUGCUGAAUCUCUUUGUAUCACAGAAUCUUUAUAAAAGGGGUCAUUUUGCAGAACUAUUGAGCUACUGGCAGCUUCUUGGCAAAGAUAAAAGCUCCAUGGCAGCAGAAUAUUUCAGUUCCUUGAAGCUAUAUGAGAAAAGUUGUGAGAAAGAAGAAAGCAUGAUUUCUCUGGCUGAUCUUUAUGAGACCCUGGGACGAUUUCUUAAAGACUUAGGACUUCUCAGUCAGGCGAUUGCUCCUCUGCAGCGUUCUCUGGAAAUUCGGGAGACUGCCCUUGAUCCAGAUCAUCCCAGGGUAGCCCAGUCACUCCAUCAGUUGGCAGGUGUUUAUGUACAGUGGAAGAAAUUUGGCAAUGCUGAACAGUUAUAUAAGCAGGCUCUUGAAAUCUCUGAGAAUGCUUUUGGAACUGAACAUCUCACGGUUGCUCGUGAACUUGAUGCUCUUGCAACAUUGUACCAGAAACAGAACAAGUAUGAGCAAGCUGAACAUCUAAGAAAAAAAUCCUUCAAAAUUCAACAAAAAGCUGCAAGACGGAAAGGCAGCCUGUAUGGAUUUGCUCUUCUUCGCCAACGAGCCCUGCAACUAGAAGAACUCACUCUGGGUAAAGACUCAUCUGAUAAUGCUCGGACGCUCAAUGAACUUGGAGUCCUCUACUAUCUUCAAAACAAUCUUGAGACAGCAGAGCUAUUUCUGAAACGCUCCCUGGAAAUGAGAGAACGGGUUCUUGGCCCCGACCAUCCUGAUUGCGCCCAAUCUUUGAACAAUCUAGCAGCCCUCAACAAUGAGAAGAAAAACUAUGACAAGGCUGAGGAGCUGUACGAAAGGGCACUGAACAUUCGGAAGAGAGCAUUAGCACCCGACCACCCUUCCCUGGCUUACACUGUGAAGCACCUUGCUGUGCUGUACAAAAAAUUGGGAAAGCUUGACAAAGCUGUACCUCUGUAUGAGCUGGCUGUGGAAAUCAGGCAGAAAUCCUUUGGUCCAAAGCAUCCAAGUGUGGCUACUGCAUUGGUCAACCUGGCAGUUCUUUAUUGUCAAAUGAAAAAACACUCUGAAGCCCUCCCUCUUUAUGAACGUGCACUGAAGAUUUAUGAAGACAGCUUUGGGCGUAUGCAUCCUCGUGUAGGAGAAACAUUGAAGAAUUUAGCAGUGCUGAGCUAUGAAGGAGGAAACUUUGAGAAGGCUGCUGAACUCUAUAAGAGAGCCAUGGAAAUCAAAGAAGCAGAGACCCUGUUGAUUGGUGAAAAGGCAGCUUCCCGACAUUCAUCAAGUGGAGACACCCUCAGUUUGAAAAGUGCUUUCUCUCCCAAUGUGUUUUUGCCACAUGGUCAAAGGUGAGGCAUGGUAGCACGCGGCAUGGAACAUGAGAUACUAGUCACCCAAGCUAACAAGAGGUGAGGAAAACUGAGCACUGCAUUGAAAAUGAAAUGGAAAAUGGAGGGCCGGAGCUCUGAACUCAUUUUCAGUAUUGCUGAAUAUUGUAUGGCAUUUUCCACCCAGUUAAGGUAGUAUUAGUAAUACAGACACU